AUGCUUCAAACUGACGAAGCAACGGCUGACGAUCAAGAGGUCCAAGUUAGUGCAAAUGUCGUGGAAGACGACGACGACAAACGCAAGCUGAAAUUCGAAACGUUGGUGACAUCUGAUUCUACGCUGGACUCCGUGCUUCAGAAGCAGAUAAUUGAGGAGCCGACACUUCAACUGCAGUCACAACGACAGCCAAUGACAGACGAGCACAAAAUCGGACAGUCAGAAUCGGUUUCGCAGUAUGAAGAAACACCAUCGUCUCAGAAGGCUUCCAGCUUAGAUGAGAAGCAAAAGGCUGGAUCUUCAGAGAAAUCGAGUGCCUUCGAUAGGAGCGCCGAUUCAGCCUCAUCUGCAGACGUUCACAACGAUGUCGUGAACUCCGAUCGUUUCGAUAAAGGAGGCUCAGAAGUGUCGGCAUUUCACAAGGAAAUGUCAGACAAUGACGUUCCACCAAUGUCUGAAACUGACGAAGCAACUGUUAGAGAUCAUGACGAUGAAGUUCGUGAAGAUGUCGUGGAUGUCGACGAUGAAAACCGCAAGCUGAAAUUUGAGACAUUAUCGAUUUCUAACACCAUGCUCGAUGCGGUGCUUGACAAACCAAUGACAGAGCAGCCAAUACAUGAACUGCAGUUGCACAGACAACCAAUGACAGACGAUCAUCAAAUUGGACAAUCAGAAUCGGCUUCGCAGUACGUGGAAACAGCGCCGUUGCAAAAGGCACGCAGCCUUGACGAGAAGCAGAAGGUUGGCUCUUCGGAGAUUUCAGGUGCCUUCGACAGGAGCGUGGACAAUGCCUUGCCUGCAGACGUCUGCAACUAUGUCGCCGUAGGUACAAAGGACACCGCUUUCCUUGAUAAAGGUGAAUUCAAGCAACCGGAAGCAAGAGCUACUCAAGAGUUGUCUCAGCCCCAUGAGGAAGAGCGUGAUGAGCCGAUUGCACCAAUGUCUGAAACUGACAAAUCAACACCUAUAAGUCAAGAGGCUGACAUUGACGAACCUGGUGCUGGUUUUGGUAAAGUCGCCAACGACAAACACAAGCUUAAAUUGGAAACAUCGGUGACUUCUGAAUCUACGUUCGACACGGUGCUUUUAAAUCUAGCGACCGAGGAGUCUACACUUCAGUUGCAGUCACAAAGGCAACCAAUGACAGAUGAGCACAAAAUUGGACAGUCAGAAUUGGUUUCGCAGUAUGAAGAAACACUAUUGUCUCAGAAAGCCCUUAGCUUAGACGAGAAACAGAAGGCUGGAUCUUCA